AUGAAUUGGUUCCAGUUGAGUUAUUUAAGUGCCGUAUUGGUGUUUUUGCUACCCGAUUUUGUUUUGGCGCACGUUGUUCCUGGUUUGGAUUCCUUGGAUGUUCAAGUGUCGAUUGCCAAGAGAGCUUCUAAUUUGAUCGAUCCUGUUUAUAAUGAUUUGAGUGCUCCAGAAAUUGAUUUUAUCAAUUCACAUUUGAAAAACUUGACCAAUGCUACUGGUUCUGCUUGUACCAAGUGUAAAAAUAGAAUCAAAUAUGGUAAAACUUUGAUUGAAGACUAUCCAGACAAGACUCAUUUGGUUAGUUUGCUACUUUUCAAGCACUGUUUGAUUCAAAAUAAUGGAACCGAAAGUAAAUGUGAUAAUACUGAUUUCUUCGUUACUACUGACUCCAAGAAUUUUGAAAAGUUUAACCAAGAUUAUGAUUCCGGUGUUGCUUCUGGUGUCUCCGUCAACUUUUUUGACAACGACUUUAUUCAGUUAUUGAAGAAUGUCAAUGUUUCAAGUGACUUGGACUUGGAGUAUUAUUGUUAUUACAAGGGCAAUAGUGCUUGUGAUUUGCCAGAGACUAAAGACGUUGAUGAGUUUUAUGGAAUUCAAAGCUGGUGGCCAGAAAAGCAACCACAUCACUACUUUGAACCAGAGUACAAGAACAAUACUGAGAAGUUCAACGUGUUGCACAUUACCGAUUUCCAUAUCCAAUUGAGAUACACAUUGGGAGCUGAGGCCAACUGUACAUCGACCCCUUGUGCGUUGCCUGAAUCUUACAACAAAGAGUUGCCGGGUCCCAGUUAUAACUUCACCGACUACUACAAAACUUUUAACCCAAAUGUUUCAAUCGACAGAUUAUCGUUUUACCCUGAUGCUCAUUACGAUGAAAACAGCACCUACAUCAAAGGUGAGUAUUAUGAUUUCCCCAAGUACAGAGGAUGGAACUUCAAAAAUGCUCCUGCAUCAACAUUUGGUGGUUAUCUUUCUGACUCUCCAGAAGUGUUGAUGAACAGUUCCUUGAUUGAAGUCGCCAAAGCUCAUAAGGAAAAGAACUUUGAAUUUGUUGUUUUCACUGGUGAUAUGGUUGAUCAUGACGUUAUUCAUUGUUCUCCUGCCGUCACCAAGGAAGCUGAGGUCAGGUCCUUCAGCUUGUUCAAGCAUUACUUGAACGAUAUUCCAGUUUUGCCAUCUUUAGGUAAUCACGAUACAUUCCCAUAUGGGCAAAUUUCACCAUUGCAAUAUGAUUUUAACAAUUCCUACCACUGGAAUGAGGAGUUGAUGGCUGACUUGUGGAUCAACAACGGGUGGUUUGAUGAAGAGGAUCGUAAUGAGCUCAAGAGCCAUUAUGCUGGGUUUUCCUAUGUUACUGAUCGUGGAUUGAAGGUGAUCGGGUUGAAUUCAAAUUGCUACUACCAAAAGAACUUGUGGUCCUACAUUGAUAUCUCAACCAACCCAGACUUGUUUGGUCAAUGGGAGUUCUUGGUCAAUGAGUUGUUGGAAAGUGAAUCAAAGGGACAAAGAGUGUGGAUCAUGGCUCAUAUCCCAACCGCUGACGCUGAUGCAUUGCCAUUGCAAUCACGUAUAUUUGGAAAGAUUGUUGAAAGAUUUUCUCCAUACACGAUCGCCAAUAUUUUCUGGGGGCACACUCAUCAAGAUCAAUUCCAUAUUCUUUAUUCGUCAAAUUCAUCACAAACUGCUGAUGAUAUUGUUAAUAUGGCAUGGGUUGCUCAAUCAGUUACUCCAUUGCCUAAUUACAAUCCAUCUUGGAAAUAUUAUGAAGUCGAAAAUGAGAGUUUCAAUAUCAUCAAUUCCUACAACUACUACACUCAUUUGAAUGACACAUUUACCAAUGGGGGUGAUGAGCCGGAAUGGAUUUUUGAAUAUUCCGUCAGAGACUUGUACGAUUCAAACCACACCUGGCCAGAAGAAGCCCCAUUGAAUGGUACAUUCUGGCACAACCAUGUCUUGACCAAAUUGAAAGAUCAGUCAAAUGUUGAAUUCAACCAAUUGUUUGCGGAUAUCAUGUUCAGAUAUGGACCUGGUGCUCCAAAGUGUAAGACUAAUGGAACACAAAUUUCUGACAAGUGCCAUGACGAAAAUUAUUGUGUCAUGGGUAAUUUUUACAGCGAUGAUUACAUAAAGUGCUUAAAAGGUAAAGCAAAUUAG